CUGAACCUUCAACGGUGCUCGUGGGCCGUCACCUUCAACAGAGCAGAAGCAGAACGCUUUGGUUAUGAACAUGCACAGUUUGAGCUCAUCUCUAAACUUCAUUCUAAUUUUGUACCAAGUUAGCGUUUAAGCAUCCAACUUCCAGCAAAGAUUAUCAUAUUCACCACUAAAAUUGACGAGAAAGAGUAGAAGGAUCUCCAUCGUUUGUGCCUGCUGCAACAUCUUCGAGUUACCUUUUGGUUAGAUGGAAUCAUUGAUAUACUGCAUUGAGAAAAUCCUACAUGGUCCUAUCCAUAGGUUACGUCUUCUUUUUAUAAUGAAAAAGGUGGACAUCGAAAGGGAGAAGCUAAUUUUAAAUCGAGAACUGUUGAGGGAAAAGGUUGAAGCUAUAGACAAAACAGAAAAAGUCAAUGAUGCCUUUCUGGAGUGGCUAGAAGAAAUGGAGAAAGUCAGAGAAGAGGAGCUAUCUGAAUUAGAAGCGGCGAUUACUGACAGGUCCAAUUGGAUCAGUCCUGAUACUGAGAGGAUUCUUAGGUUGUACAAUGGAUUGCUAGAUAAAAUGAAGAUACUGAAUUCAAAAUGUGUAUUCGAGGCAUUUUCCAACCCAAUUCCAGGUUUAGAGUACUUCUCUUCUAGACAUUUUGUAUGUUUCGAGUCCACAAAAGAGACGUCAGAUCAACUUAUGGAAGCAAUGCAAGAUGAUAGUAUCCAUAUCAUUGGAUUGUAUGGGAAGCAAGGUUCAGGUAAAACAAAAUUGGUAGAAGCAGUGGGUAAGAAAGCCAAGUAUUUGAAUAUUUUUAAUGAAGUUGUAUUUGCCACUGUGUCCCAAAAUACAAAUAUUGUUUGGAGGAUUCAGAACCAAAUUGCUGACUUGUUGGAUCUGAAAAUUGAAAGACAUUCUGAAGCUGCGAGAGCGAGAACAAUCUAUUCGAAAAUUGAAAGUAAAGGUCGAGUUCUUGUUAUCUUGGAUGAUGUUCGGGAAAAGCUUGAGCUGGAGAAUAUAGGUAUUCCUAUUACACGUCGCCAACAAGAAUGCACCUCGAUGGAUUGUCAAAGAGAGAUUCCUUUGCAUCCCUUGUUUGAAGAGGAAGCUUGGACUUUGCUCAAAAAAUAUUCAGGCAUAGAUGAUGAGUCAUCGUCUGCCCUAUUAACUGUGGCACAAGAAGUUGCUAACGAAUGUAAAGGGUUACCCAGUACAAUUAAAGAUGUGGGAUCUUCCUUAAAAGGUCACCCCGUUGAGGAGUGGAAAGCAGUCUUAGGCAGUUUGAGACAUUCAAUGGCUCGCUACCAAAUUUUCCUCAGCUUUAGGGGAGAUGACACUCGCUACUCUUUCACAGGUUCUCUCUUUGAUGCUUUGUGUCGAGAGGGGUUCAAGACAUUCAUGGAUGAUGGGGGAUUGGAGAGUGGUGACCAGAUUUCACUAUCUCUAAUAAACGCAAUUGAAGCAUCAAGGCUUUCCAUUGUUGUUCUUUCUGAAAAUUAUGCAUCUUCCUCAUGGUGCCUUGAGGAACUUGUCACGAUCCUUGACUGUAUAAAGAAGAAGAAUCAGUUAGUUUGGCCAAUCUUUUACAAAGGGGAUCCAUCAGAUAUAAGGCAUCAGAAAAGUAGUUAUGGAAAAGCCAUGGCUAAACAUGAAAGUAGACUUGUGAAUGAUUCAGAGAAGGUGCAAAGAUGGAGGUCAGCUUUGUCUGAAAUUGCUGGCUUGUCUGGAAUGCAUUAUAAUACUGGGUAUGAACAUAAAUUUAUUCAGACGAUUGUGGAAAGGGCCAAGAAUAAUAGAAAUCGCUUGUAUGUACAGAGCACAGAUAUGGACUAGAAGGAAGACUUUGGUUUCUCAUAAGGUGCUGCUAAUCACAUAAUUGAUCACAAGUGUUUGCUAGCUUAGAAAUGGAUGACGAUUCUUAAUGUGUGUAAGUAGUGGGAAGUAGUUUUGGACACAUUGUAUACUCAGAAAUGGAUUAAAUACAAUUCAGGUGAUUUUGUGAUGUGAGAAUUUUGUGGGUAUUCUUCUUCUCUUUGGUAAUUUUGGAUUGUCUAAGAAAUGGAUGGCGGUUUUAAUC